AUGUUCCUUGUCUUCACCGUGGCCCUCUUCAGCACGCUGGCUCUGCCCUCGGCAGGCCAAGGCAUCACCCCCCUGACAACCUCUCAAAUCGAUUACUUCACGCCGUACACCUACUAUGUCAGUGCUGCCUUCUGCGACCCGGCUACGGUCCUUGCUUGGAAUUGCGGUGCCAAUUGUCAAGCAAACCCUAACUUUCACCCAGUCGCCUCUGGCGGAGACGGAGAUGCCAUUCAGUACUGGUACGUUGGAUACGAUCCCAUACUAAACACUGUGAUCGUUGCGCAUCAGGGAACCAAUACUUCUAACUUAUUACCUAUUCUCACUGACCUUGACAUUAUACUUGUGCCGCUUGCACCGGAUAUGGAAAGGUUUCCGGGGCUGGAUCCGUCCAUCAUGGUCCACAGUGGCUUCAAUAGUGCACAAGCGAGAGCCUCCGCGGACGUGCUGGCGGCUGUGCAAGCUGCCUUGCCAAAGUAUGGAUCUACUUCGGUGACGGUAGUUGGUCACUCCCUUGGCGCAGCUAUUUCGCUUAUAGACUCGAUUUACCUGCCAUUGCAUCUCCCUUCGGGAACGACUUUCCAAACCAUUGUCUACGGACUUCCCCGAGUAGGGAACCAAGCCUUCGCCGACUACGUCGACACCCACCUGUACCUUACCCAUAUCAACAAUAAAGAAGACCCCAUCCCGACGCUGCCGCCCAUGUUCCUCGGGUAUGUCCAUCCCUCAGGGGAAGUACACGUCGAGGACUCUGGCGCGUGGAUGACUUGUCCCGGACAAGAUAAUCCAAGUACGGAGUGUAUCGUUGGAGAUGUCCCGACUGUCUUUCAAUGGAAUGAAGCGGAUCACGAUGGACCGUAUAAUGGGGUUACUAUCCGGUGUUCUUCCUAA